AUGCGCCCUACACUGGAGCCUUCCCAACUUUCUCAUCCAUCGCGUCAUCGCGAGCGCCCAUCAUUCACCGGCGGAUCGAUUGAUGAGCUUCCACGUAGCUUCCAAAAUGUUCUCGCCUACGUUCAAGGGGCUUACUUCCAUUGUACCAUUGCAACCUACGACCGAAAUAACCUCUCCAUCGAUACAGCUGCGCCACCUCCUAAUGAUGAUCCGGGAGAAACUCCACUGCUAGUCACCAUGAACGGUGGAGACUUCGAGGGGCACGGCGCCCAUCGUUCAGGUGCGAUAUUGGGACAUCAAUCAUGGGGGCGUCGGAAAGGUGAACAACAUUGA